AUGUCGUUUCUGCAGACGGAGCCGGGGAACGGCUCCCUCUUGGCGGUGUUCCCUUUAAACGGGUCCGUGGCAGGACCUGCUGAGAACACCUCCUCGGCCACGUGGCGCUCCAGGGCAGGUGACAUCACCGUGGGCUCCCUGCUGUCGGUCAUCGACCUCGUCACUCUGCUGGGCAACCUCGUGGUGUUCGUGUGCCCCGUGCUGGACAAGCGACUGCGGACGGUCACCUACAUGUUCAUCAUGUCCCUGGCCACUGCCGACCUCCUGGUCGCCUGCCUGGUGAUGCCCUUCAGCAUCAUUUACGAGGUUACAGGACGUUGGAUGUUCGGACGGAUCUUCUGCAAGGUGUGGAUCUCCUUCGACGUGAUGUUCUGCACCGCCUCCAUCGUCACGCUCUGCUUCAUCAGCCUCGACCGCUACUGCUCCGUCUCGGCGCCCCAACGCUAUGUGCGCAGGAUGUCCCGCCGACGGUGCGUAGCCAUGACCGCCGCCAUCUGGGUCUACUCCUCACUCAUCUCCUUCCUGCCUGUCAUGCGCGGCUGGAACGAGAUUCCCGGCCUGGACUUCGACUCGAGCCGCGAGUGCGUGUUUGUCACAAACCGCACCUUCGCCGUCGUGGCCUCGGCUCUCGCCUUCUACAUCCCCUUCCUCGUCAUGUGCACCAUGUACUUCUUCAUCUACCGAGCUUCCAGGCUCAAGGCGGCACGCAUCAUGUCGCAGACGCUGGACAUCCACUACCACCCCAAGAGCAGGCGUCCCAAUAACCUGCAGCUCGAGCACAAGGCCACGCGCACCAUGAGCAUCAUCAUCUCGGCGUUCGUCCUGUGCUGGCUGCCCUACUUCUUCUUCAACGUCUUCAUUGGCUUCUACUCGAACAACGAAGACUCUGCACACAUCGUGCAAAUGGCGUUCAAGGUGAUUACCUGGCUGGGCUACUGCAACUCGGCCAUCAACCCGAUGCUCUACGCAUUCCUCAACCGUGACUUCCAGCACGCCCUGCGGAAGGUUUUCAUCUGCCGCCGACUACGCUCCAAGGUGGACAUUGGCGAGGACAUGGUCUCCAUCGUCACGUACUCAAAAACCGCACUGGAGGCAGACAAUGCUGCUGCUGCCAAAGGAAUGACCAUCAUUAAGCAGAAGCAGACGUUGUGAUUCAAAGGUGUACUUCUGCUUCUAAAAAGCAGCUUACGCAAGCAUAAAGCACAUAAGUUAAGCCUGCUUCGAUUACAAUGAUUCCAUCAAUCCGAAUUCUCUGCGAAGGUCAACUGAACAAAACUUUUACUGGUGUUUUGUCCAUAAUCAUUUUAAUGCAAUUAACAAUUCCGUUUACUCAUAGACCAUGACUGCAAUGACGACAUUUAUCAGUAAAGCCAAACUGUACAUAUGGAACUAUGGUGUUCAUUUUGGAAACCUGAUUUAUCUGGACACUGGAAAGUAUGGGUUAUUCAUAUUUCUUAUUCAAGACAAUCCAUUGGUUGCUCGACAUUUAAAGUUUAACUAAAUGAGUAACAAUGUAUCACGUCAUUGUGGCUUUUGUGGUUGUUUUAUGGAACCAUAUAUAUAAAUACUGUAAAUGAUGUGCAAUAUGUCUCAUGUUACGUGAAUCAAUUGUCCAUUAUGUGAUGUACUUUUAAAAUUGUGUCACCUAAAAAAAUGCACAAAUUAAAAAAGUAGUCAAGAAUUUGAAGGUGAUUGCUUCGCUAAAUGGUGGAACAGGAUCAGAUGUCUGGAUGCUAAUAAUGUAUAACAUACAGUAUAUCAACAUUGUACUUAUAGCAGCACUUGUGAAAUAUUGCAUCUCAAAUUGAAGAGAUUGUGCAAUAAUGGUGCAAAUAGACACUUGAAGCUGUACACAAUUCAAUACGUAAUACAUACAAUACAUCGUUUAAAAUUGUACCCAUAAUUGCAUACAACUUCAUGAGAAGUACAUUUGAAGUGACAUUUUAAGCAAAUUUUAUUUUUUGUGGCAGAUUUUUAUUUUUGUGGCUCAACGACAAAUCAUCCUUUGGGCACCAAAUGCCAACAUUUUGAAUAUAAAAAAAAAAUUAAACUUGAAAUUAAAAGUAAAUAUUUGUUGUAAAAAUGUUGAGCAGCCUAAUUAUCCAGUUCAAAUAUUGCUUUGACAUAAAAAAACAAUCAAAACUUCAACAUAAAAAUAUAGCUUGGAAAACAAUGAAAAUUCACAAACGGUGUCUGCCGAAUGUCAACAAGGUGGCACAAAUGUUGGCAUUGGAAACAUCUGGCAGAAUCCAACAGAUGGAACAGCCACAGGUCAAGCUAUUAAAAUCCGAAUACCUUUUGUUGAAGCCCAUGUGGACUGCCAAGCUGGAAAACCAAUUUUCAGAAAGGUCUACUGAGACUUGAGCCAUGUCAGGAUUUUUAAGGUUCGUAGCUGCAAAAGUGCUGAGUUAUUAUUUUCAAGCACAGGUUGUUUGUGGUAAAUACAGUUUUGCUGUAAUGGUAAUGGGUAAAAUAAUGUACGACUUUUAAAAAUGACGGUAAAAUUACCAUUCAAAUUACCCACAGGUAUGUUUUUUGUGUCCACUAAUGCUAAUAUUUGUUACAAGGUAUCUUCGGGGAUGGAUACAUAACAUAUCUAAAAUAAAUAAUCCUAUGACCAAAUCACCUGGAAUGCACCUGCUCCUGUCAGAUUGGGAAGCUAAGCGAGUUGAGCCUAGAGCUUUGCUGGGCAGGCACCAGGCAUGAGACAUGUCGUUUUAUGGAAGCAUUGAGGCCAGUGGAGAAUAAUCCAUAGUUGUAAUUUACUAUGCCCCGGCGUCUAUGUUACCCUCGUUUACCAACCCACACCGACUAUCGUAGUCGAGUGUGGUCAACUAAUCAUCAUUACCUGCAAGGCGUAGGGGAGGCCCUUAUACAGAAAUUGAUUGACAAAAGUGCUAUAUAUGUACAUUCCAUGCAAUAUUUGUUAUACAAUCACAGUUCAUGAGACGGCUGAGAGACAAUGUUAUGAACAUGGCAUCUUAACGAUGUUUGCUACCGAUAGUGAAACAAUUAUACAAUACAGAAUCCAAUACAUUUCUGAAACGGCAGUGCAUAUGAAAAAGAGAGAACAAUACUGCUGGGCAGUGUUGUGGAGAAUGUCUUUCCCUUAUCCAUCAUUUAAAACACAUGUUAAGUUUCACAGGCAAAAUCGAGCCCUGUUUAGUUUCCAAUUAUAACUCUGUUUUCUCUUUGGCAAUGGCUUAAAGAAAAGGUUUUAAAUGUUUGCUGAGGUGAGUCAUAGCACUGGAAAUCAUAUGAAGAGUCAUAUCAAUGUUGAGCCCCAAUGCCCUUUUGAGUUUCACUGAACCUGCACUAAAAUAAUACUAUCCUCCAGCCCACAGCUUGCCUCAAUUCCCUAGUAACAACAUGCAUGUUGCCUCUGAGUCACUGGGGUAUAUUAAAAUAGGGCCAAGUUGAACAAUCACAACCCAUAUAUGGUGUCCGUUCCAUCUGUUAUGAAGCCUUCGCAUAUACGGGUUCUUAUUCAGACCCGAGAUAAAUAUGAUGAGCUGUUUACAAAGUGAAAUACGGUUAUGCAUAAAUUUAGAAAACGCAUUUUACUCAAAAUCUGGCUUGUAAGUGGCAGGCUUGUAAGUGGCAUAUUCGCCACAAAUCUGAAGUGGUAGCACUUAGCGUUGUAUUUUUUCUUAUAAAAGAGGUAUGCCAAUGAUCAAUUUAGUGUGAAAGAAACGAUCUCGGAAGCGAUAUUGGUGAUAAUGAUUUUUAUUUUGUAAUCUGGCAGCAAACAUUUGUUUUUCAUUAUAUAAGUGGCGCCUUGUUUCAUGAAUUGCAGAUGAGCAGGCUUUUCCACUUUCAAAGCGCAUUUACUUGUGAUGUGCAGUUGGAACAACGUUGUUCUCGUAAUUAGGGUAAAAUACAUUCUGAUUGCAAGUCAGUGUGUGCUGUGAUGUACAGAUUCGUUCUCUAUGGAUUUACAUGCCUUUGAUACAUAUGACAUUCGUGGAGAACACAUGCAUUUUAAAUAUUCCACGUGUAUGUUUAACAAAUUAUAUUCUGUUCUAUUUCAAAGAAAUAAAAUGUGAC